AUGUCUUCACUAUCAGGACUAUUACCCGCACCAGUGCAUCAGCAUCCAGGACAGGAUUAUGGUCAACAACAACAACACAUCGACAAUGUCACAGCGCUCGUAGCCAGGAUACCACCAUAUGGGAAGCGUGCAGGAUGGAAACCCAAAAAGCCAGAAGAUUUUGGUGAUGGAGGUGCCUUCCCAGAGAUCCACUGUGCACAAUAUCCGCUUGACAUGGGGCGAAAGAAGAAGACUGCAACAAAAGCAGGCUCAACGAUCGCAUUGCAGGUUGACGCUCAAGGAAAUGUUGCCUAUGAUGCUAUUGCUAAACGUGGACACAACUCAAAGCAGAUUGUACAGUCUCAAUUCAAAGAUCUUGUCCCUCUGCAUGAACGUGCGGACGUUGGUGAGAUCUCAUUAAGCAGACCUAGCGAAGAAGAAGUCAAAGAGACAGCAGAUCGCACCAGAGCAGCAUUAGAGAAGAUCUCCAAAACUAAAAUUGCUGCUGCACAACCAAAGAACGUCGUCUCAAACAACAAACCGGGAGCGCCCACCUAUAUCCGUUAUACAGCAGCUAAUCAGAAUGCGGGACCGGAUGGCGUCAAACAGCGAGUAAUCAAAAUGGUGGAGAUGCCUGUAGACCCUAUGGAACCACCUAAACAUAAGCACAAGAAGGUUCCUCGUGGACCACCCUCCCCCCCACCUCCAGUCUUGCAUUCACCACCCCGUAAAGUCACCGCACAAGAACAGGCAAGUUGGGUAAUCCCACCUUGUAUUUCCAACUGGAAGAACGCAAAAGGUUUCACCAUUCCUUUGGACAAGCGUCUUGCAGCGGAUGGUCGUGGAUUACAGGAUGUUCAGAUCAAUGACAAGUUUGCUAAAGUUGCAGAAGCACUGGGAUUAGCCGCUCGGCAUGCUCAGGACGAAGUUCGACAGAGAGCUUUGAUGCAGCAGAAGGUUGCAGAGAAGGAGAAAGAGGCUAAAGAGCAGAGCCUGCGUGCAUUGGCUCAGCGGGCUCGCGACGAAAGAGCUGGCAUUGCCCCUUCAUCUCGAACCGCAGAUGAGGGCGCGCAGGCUCCUCGUGAUGAUUCUGAGUCAGAGGCGGAUUCUGAUGAAGAUGAGGCGAAGCAAAGAGCAGCCCGCGAGCGUGAUGCUCUUCGUAAGGAGAGGCAGCAGGAGCGCGAAAAGGAGCUACGCAUGUCUCGUAUGGGUGCAGAGCAGAAGGCGAAGGUUAUGGCCAGAUCCGAGGGCCGAGAUAUCUCUGAAAAGAUUGCAUUGGGAUUGGCCAAACCCACACAGAGCAAGGACAGUAUGUACGACUCACGACUCUUCAAUCAAACAUCGGGGCUGGGCUCUGGAUUCAAGGAUGACGAGUCAUACAGCGUGUACGACAAGCCCAUGUUUACACACACAGGAUCUAGUGUCUACAGACCUAAGCGUUCAGGAGGUGAUGGCAAUGACGAAGUUGGCAAUGAAGAUGAUAUUGCACGCGCAUUGGCAUCGGACCGAUUUGGAAGCGCUGGUAUCAGUGCACGAAGCUUCAAGGGUACAGAAGGUGGUCGUAAUAUGCAAAGGGAAGGUCCUGUGGCCUUUGAGAAGGAGGACGACUUCUUUGGACUUGAUAAAUUCAAUAAGGCGGAUUCCUCGAAGAAGAGAUCUGGCCAAGAUAACUCCUCAGCUCAGGAUGGAAAGAGAAGAAGGGAUUAA